AUGGACAUGGAUGAUCUACUGCCUCAAGUGGGGGAAUUCGGAACUUACCAGAAACUCAUGUUAUGGUUAGUUUGUUUACCAGCUUGUUUUCCUUGUGGUUUUGGAGCAUUUAAUCAACUAUUUAUGGCAGACGUUCCUGACCAUUGGUGCAAGGUUCCAGGUUUACUUGAGUUUACCGAAGAAGAACAAAGAAAUUUAUCUAUACCGUUUAAUAACAGUUCAUUUUCAAAAUGUGAAAGAUAUGCAGUAAACUGGACCCAAUUAUUGGAAGAUUACGAAGGCAGUAUAGAAGAAAUUUUUGUGAACACAUCUUGGCCAGUUGAAAAAUGCUUGGAUGGUUGGGUUUACGAUCGAAGUGAAGUUUCUUCCAGCAUCGUAAUAGAUUUUGAUCUGGUUUGCGACAAAGACAUUUAUCCUACAUUAGGACUGGUCGCCUUAAACAUAGGAGGUCCUAUUGGUGUUUAUACUUUUGGUCGUCUUAAUGAUAUAAUAGGAAGAAAGAUAACCUUCUUUUUGUGCUUAACCACGCUACUUCUGGGAAGCGCCUUGACAAUAACAGCUCGAAAUUUUUGGUGGUGGGCAGGGAGCAGAAUAGUUGUUGGAUUAACGAUACCAGCCAUGUACCAAAUACCUUUUAUAAUAUCUUUGGAACUCGUGGGUCCGAAUUACAGAUCGUUCGUAACAGUUUUGACCUGCAUAUUCUACACGCUAAGUCUGAUGAUGCUCGCUGGUAUAACAUAUUUGGUCCGCGACUGGGUCCUCCUAUGCCAAGUUACAUCAAUUCCAUUCGUCCUGUACUACUUCUACUGGUUUUUCUUGCCGGAAAGUCCAAGAUGGUUGCUACUCAAAGGAAGAUUCGAAGAAGCUUCGAAGAUAUUGGAAACUUUGGCAGAAGUUAAUAAAAAAGAUUUACCAGCUACGUUUAGACAACAGCUAAAGAGGAAAAUUAUGCACAAAAGAACUCAAAGUGAAGAGGAGAGACUUAAGAGGAAUCCAGGUAACAUAAAAGAAACUUUAUAA